GAGAGCGCUGCCUCUGGAGACAGAGACGGAGAGGGGAGAGGGCUGCACGGAGGGACAUUACUGCUCUUAUUCUGCACAAGACGGACCCGGAUAACAUCUACCGUGUCCGCUGGAACCACCACGAGGCGUCCCCGGCAGCUCCGUUUGUUUUUGUUGUGCGUUACAGAAAAAGAGGAGUUUCUCCUUGUGAGUUGAGUUCACGGACCGCUGGAGCUGCUGCUGCUGCUGCUGUUUCUCCGGGAGAAAAGGACUUCACAGGAAGACCCGACACCCGCAACUUUAGUGCAAAAUGCAGGGGGGUUCGGCUACGGACCUGCCUGCCUCCUCUCUGCAGUACCCGUGUGGAUCCGUGGACUACCUGUGUUCUCCACAGCUGGUCAAGAAAGGUCCGACGCCCAGACCAUGUCACGACAAGCCCGCCAUCAAACCGCGGCCCCAGCCCCCCGCCUCACCCAGAACACCAAGCGCACAGAAGCCUCAAGUGCCCCCUAAACCUCCGCACCUCCUUGCACUCGGGCAAGACAAGAAGCCGAAGAGGAUCCCGCCAGCACCCUCAAGACCUCUGCCCGCACCCCCUCUCCCACCUAAACCAAAGCCGCCUCCAACCCCGUCGGGAGCACAGCCGCAGAGAGAGGCCCAGAAGGUUGGACUGCUCAUUGAGAGGUUUGAGAACUCAAAAGUUCCCAUUCUGGGGGUGCUCCCACGGUCGCAGCUGCACCUGUGUCUGAGAAUGGACACUGCAUCUGACGUCCCUCCCUCCUGCGGCACGGACACCACAGCAAAGGUUGCAGGAGACUCCUCUCCCGUGGACGAACUUGCACUUGGCAUCGUGGACCAAACUGAUGAAGUCUCCGAACUUUCCCGUCUGGCUUCCAUGCACAUCGACGGCUCAGGCAACGGGGCCCUGGACAACUGUGUCGAGGAUGAAAUUGCGCGCAGGGUGGGUUGCCUCGACAAAGCAGAGCAGGAAGAGGGCUCUUCACAUAAACUCAUGGAUAAUCCAGACUCCUCAGAGCAGAAUGGGAAGAUUCCCAACAGGGACAGUGGCAUUGACAGCCCAUCGUGCGCCGCAGAAGGGGAGGUGUUCCCCAACGAGGACGCCAUUGAUGAGGAGGAUCAUUAUGACAGUGUCACUGAAACAGAGAGUGUAUCUUGCUGCGUUACCCUGGACAACAAGCGAGACUCAACGCAGGAUGAGGACAGUGACUUAGAUGAGGGCAGCAGUGGGGAGAUACACUCGCUGACGGACGCACAGACCGCCUAUCUGACAGAUGCACACUCAGAGGCGAACAAGUGCUCAGAGGCUCAGAAGCUCUUGAACAUCGCCAAAGAGCUACUCCACACUGAAGAGGCCUACGUAAAACGACUCAACCUUCUUGACCAGGUAUUUUGCACUAAGCUCACAGAGGCUGGAAUCCCUCAGGACGUCAUCACAGGGAUCUUCUCCAACAUCUCCUCCAUCUACUGCUUCCACGAUAAGUUCCUGCUGCCUGAGCUAAAGACACGGAUUACUGGAGAAUGGGACUCAAAUCCUCGUAUUGGGGAUAUCCUCCAGAAGCUGGCCCCAUUCAUGAAGAUGUAUGGAGAGUACGUGAAGAACUUCGACCGAGCAAUGGACCUGGUCAACACGUGGACGCAGAGGUCUUCACAGUUCAAGAGCGUUGUUCAGAACAUCCAGAAACAGGAUGUGUGUGGGAACCUAACAUUGCAGCACCACAUGCUGGAGCCGGUCCAAAGGAUCCCCCGCUAUGAGCUGCUGCUCAAAGAUUACCUAAAGAAGCUGCCUGAUGAUGCUCUGGACCGAAAAGAUACAGAAAAGGCACUGGAGCUCAUCUCUACUGCAGCCAACCACUCCAAUGCAGCAAUCAGGAAGAUGGAGAAGAUGCACAAGCUGUUGGAAGUGUACGAGAGGCUCGGAGGAGAGGAGGAUAUAGUCAACCCAGCCAAUGAGCUCAUCAAAGAAGGACACAUCAAAAAGAUGUCAGCCAAAAACGGAACAGCACAAGACCGAUAUCUCUACUUGUUCAACAAUAUGGUGCUAUACUGUGUGCCUAAACUCCGACUGAUGGGGCAGAAGUUCAGUGUCAGAGAGAGGAUUGACAUUGCUGGCAUGGAGGUUCAGGAAAAUGUGAAGCAGAAUCUUCCUCACACGUUCGCCAUCAUUGGUAAACAGCGCUCUCUGGAGCUUCAGGCCAGGACAGCGGAGGAGAAGGAAGAUUGGAUUCAGGUGACUAAGGCCACUAUUGAACGGCACAAACAAAACAGCGAAACCUUCAACAAGGCUUUCAACAGCUCCUUCUCUCGUGAAGAUGACCAUCUGCCUGAUUCACCGGGUCCCUGGUCCAACACUUCCAUGGACUCGGACGGCGAGAGACUCCACGAAAGGAAGAGUUCCAAGAAGAAGGAGAAAGAGAAGCAAACAUGCAAAGGCUGCAAUGAGAGCUUUAAUUUCACCAAGCGCAAACAUCACUGCAAGGCCUGCGGAGCGGCCAUCUGUGCAAAGUGUUCAAAGACCUUGGACAACAAAACCAGCAGAGUGUGCCCAGAAUGUGCCCAGAAAGCCAGCGUCAGUCUGGAGAAUUCCUGUGCUGGUGAACAGAAAAGAAAAGCUGCACCUGAGAGACAAGCGUCUCUAACAGGAGAAAACUGCCUGCUGUGUGGCUACCUUCAAGUGCAGGAGAAGGGGAAGAGCUGGACAAAGGUGUGGGUGGCUGUAACUAAGGCUGAACCACUGGUGCUGUACCUGCAAAGUAAUGGUCAGGAAUCCAAGGGGUCGCGGGCAGUACCUCUCCCCGGGUUCGAGGUUAGCGCGGUACCGUCGGGAACAGCGGACAAAUCGGACGUCAAACACAUCUUCCGGCUCAGUCACACCCAGCUCCAGCAAACGUUACUUUUAAGUGCCCAAGACGCAGAACUUCAGGCCAAGUGGGUGGAGGUCCUCUCCAAAGCUGCCCGUGGAGAAAUGCCCACGGAUGCAUCAGCAAGUCUGACUGAACACAGGAAGAGCCAGUAGUGGCCACACUGGAGCCACAGGACUCGUCCGCCUCCCGGUCUCCUGUGUAUAGAGCACACAUUACUUGAAUUCAUUUUACAUUGGCACUUUUUUUUCCUCCAACUUUCAAAAGGACAACUCAAUCCUUCCUAUGCCUCUGCAAUCUCAUCCUCCUGACCACACACCAACUCCUUCUUCUCCGUCUUUCUAUCUCUCUCACAUACAAGCAAGGACUAUGCUACCGAGCCAACAAUGCCACUGGUCAGGAUUUUAUUAUAAAACUCUCAUUGUGUUCAGCAGCUUGAGCAGAAGAACUAUUAUUUGUAAUAUAUCUGAAGAAAAUUUUUAAAUGAAGUUCUUGUACAUUAUUUCACAGUGUUGUGAAGCAUUAACUCUUAAGUGUCUUGUUUUUCCAUUCGUGCGGAAAUGUGUGUAUGUGUGUGUGUUUGAGUGUGUGUCCCCCUCCUGUGUUUCUUUUUUAAGUAUUGAAUGUUGAUGUAAAAAUCCACAGUGGUGGUUCAGUGGAUAUUGUACAGUAUGUAUACUAUAGUUUGAUGUACUGAAACAAAGAAAAGACAUUUAACUUAAAGACAAAGAAAUGUGUUAAUUUGUGGCUGGCCACCUGAUGCUCCCGGUUCUAGCGCCCAUCUUACCCUCUCCCCUUCCCCUCUCUCUCUUCAGUACAUCAAAACCUGAUUCCCUCUCCAUCAUUGGUCCUGGAGUCUUAACUUAUAUCUACCCCCACUCUCGUUCCUGUGAAUGAUCGCAGCCAGAAUGAGAUCAGGUGGCGUAGUUUCUGACCCUGUGGUUGAAGGUCCGUCACAAUAUCUUGACUUCCUGUAUAGUUCUGUGUCUCAACAUAUCAGCACCUCUCCCUUUGGUGAUGUGACGGAAAUCAAGUACUGUACUAUUAAACCGUACCCGCUGCGUUGCCCUCUUCCAAGUCCCCUGUCAGCACCAGCCUUUAAACAAGAGUAGCAAAUAAACUUGUCAUUGGAUCUCUUUGUGCAUGUAAAAUCACUCAUAUUUAUAUACCCUGCUAUGAAAUCUUGCCUUUGUCCCUCUUUUUUAUCCUCAAGAAUUCAUUCUUGUUGUACUGUAAGUGAGCAGUCACCAAUGAGUGUUUUAAUCAUGGAUUGUGCACAGUGGGAAAACGGUCAAGCAUAUCAUAAAUAAAUAAAACGUGGCUCAUUUGGUGCCACUCAAUAAGA